AUGCACUCAAGUUUGUUAAAGUUAUCGAAAUCACAUAGAUUUCAUCCCCGAGUUGUGAAAUUGAUUUCUUCGGAUUUGACGAAGAACGAAAUGAAGUCGACGAAUAUCGUAUGUCCUCCCUCUGUGGAGUUCGGACUUCGUUUAAUUGGCGUGUGGCCCGGCACGUCGCACGCAUUUUUACGCAGAAUCUUCUACAUACUCUUGAUGAUGAUGUUCCAAGUCUUUCAGUAUCAGUAUGUGAUUAUGCAUUUCGGCGAGGAAGACUUACUAGUUCUUAUUGAUGUUUUAAGCGCCACUCUGGCUUAUAGUAUUCUAUUAAUUAAACUGAUUAUUUUCGCGCUCAACGUACGUUUAUUAGACGAAAUGAUAGCGUCUAUGGUUAAAGAUUGGAAUACGCGCGACGUUUCUGACGAUCACACGAUGACAAAGAUGGCUUAUAUUUCUCGUCGAUUCUCAAAUUUAAUAAUUGCUUGCAAUGCAACGUCGGUGGUCUUUUAUGCGACUGGCACACUCUUGAGACACAGAAGCGGCAAUCAGACUGAUGCUCGAGAGCUUCUCCUUAUAAUGGAAUUACCCUUCACAAUCGACAACGCAUCAGUGUACGUAGCUAUUCUUGUUACACAAUUUAUACAUCAGACGAGCGCAGCUAGUAUGGCGGGUGUAUUGGAUUGCCUGUUGAUAACGUUGGUUCUUCACGUAUCUGGACAGAUCGAUCUAGUGCGACAGAAAUUGAGUGAAAUUUCACAGAAAGACAUCGAACGUCAUAUAGCCGAGAAUAUUAUAAAAACGCUGAUUGUUCGUCAUCAAAACAUCAUCAUCUUCUCAAAAAAUAUAGAGGCUCUGUUUUCGAACAUCGCGCUCAUGCAAUUUGUAUCAAACACUUUAGUUAUCUGCUGUUUAGGAUUUCUCAUUGUAAUCUCUUUUGGCGCUCCGAACGGAUCAACGAUGCUAGUAAAGUCCUUGGUCUUUUAUUUAGUUAUUAACACAGAGGCAUUUAUACUUUGCUUCGUAGGAGAACAUCUCAGUAAGAAAAGUAAAAUGAUCGGCGACGCAGCGUAUGAAUCGCUCUGGUACAAUCUAACACCGACUCAAAAUCGAGAUGUUUUAUUUAUAAUCGUUAGAUCGCAGAAGCAUUUGACGCUCACAGUCGGAAAGAUCAUGGACUUGUCUUUGAAACAAUUCACCGCUAUCGUGAAAGCCUCGGCAUCAUACGUGUCGGUGUUACACGCGAUGUAUUGA